CCUAUUUUUGCGGGGUACAGUUAGAACCGAAAAGUUCUGGAUCAAAAAAACUGUUCAAAACUUGAUUUCAGAGUUAUCUCCAUCCGUCAAGGAUAAUUUGAAAAAUAUUUAAAUCCGGAGAAUCCCCUUUCCAUUCAUUUGGAUAACUCAAUUCUUCGAAACUAUACUGACAAAAUGUCGAUUAAAGAGGAUAUUCCUGCUAUUUUCUUAGAUAAAAUUUCACCAAAAGGGUUGGAUGCAAUUCAGAAAUGCAAAGAUUUUGUGAAUGAUUACUGUUUGCCAGCAGAUGAGCUUUAUUUCAAGCAAAUGUCUGAUGAUCCAGCAACAAGAUGGAAAUCGACCCCAGAGAUCACCGAAAAGCUUAAGGUGAAAGCUCGUGAAUUGGGUCUUUGGAAUAUGUUUUUGUCGAAUCACUACCCUGAAGGACCGGGAUUUACUAAUUUAGAAUAUGGAUUGAUGGCUCAAUACCUUGGUAGGUCAUUUGUAGCUCCAGAAGCUACCAAUACAAAUGCUCCAGAUACUGGUAAUAUGGAGCUUUUCGCUAAAUUUGGGACUGAAUAUCAAAAGAAGAAGUGGCUUCAUCCUUUACUUAACGGGGAGAUUCGUUCUGCCUUUCUCAUGACUGAAAAGGGUACUUCCUCUUCCAAUGCUUUGAAUAUAUCGGUGUCUGCUAAAUUGAACUCAAAGGGGAAUUACGUUUUGAAUGGGGUCAAAUGGUUUGCUUCUGGUGCCGGUGAUCCAAGAUGUGCUGUUUGGUUAGUAAUGUGUAAAACCAGUGAUAAAUCUGGUAAAGAAGCUUAUAAGAAUCAUACGGUCUUGGUAUUAGAUGCAAAGAAAGCUUUGAGUUCUGGGAAAGCAAGAUUAAUUAGACCAUUGACAGUAUUUGGAUACGACGAUGCUCCACACGGUCAUUGUGAAGUAAUGUUUGAUGACUAUGAAGUGCCAACAGAAGACACUCCAAAUGCUAUUCUUGCUUCUGAAGGAAGGGGAUUUGAAUUAAUUCAAUCUCGUUUAGGACCAGGUAGAAUCCAUCAUUGUAUGAGAUUAAUUGGAGCAGGUGAAUUUGCAUUAUUAAGGGCAAACCAAAGAGCCAAUCAUAGAAUUAUUUUUGGAAAGCCAAUGAAUCAAAGAGAGUCAUUUAUUAAUGCUUUUGCUCAAAACAAAAUUGAUAUUCAAUCCUGUCGUUUAUUAGUUUUGAAUGCUGCUCAUAAAAUUGAUAUAUCCAAUGCUAAAGUGGCUCAACAAGAUAUUGCUAUGGCCAAAAUUGAAACUCCUAGAACUAUUCUCAAAAUUUUAGAUUGGGCUAUUCAAGUUUUUGGUGCAGAAGGGGUUUCUCAAGAUGUCGAGUUAGCAAGAAUGUACGCUCAUGCAAGAACAUUAAGAAUUGCUGACGGACCUGACGAAGCUCAUUUGAAUCAAUUAGGAAGAUACCAUGCUAAGAAGUAUCAAGAAGCUGAUCAAUUUUUCGAGAAUUACAAAAACUUCCCAAAACUUUAAGUAGCAUAUAUAGCAAAAAGAUAAUACGAAUACAUAUGACGCUUGAUAUGAAUACAUAUGACGCUUGAUAUGAAUACACUUGAUGUACACUUGAUGUAAAUAU